AUGGCAAUUGCCAUAGUUUAUAUGGCUAAGGAAUUCAAUUGGAAUCAUACUACACAAGGAUUAGUAUCGUCAUCAUUUUAUUUUGGAUAUUUUACGACUCAAAUUAUAGGAGGUGCGCUUACUGAUAAAUUCGGUGGCAGGAUAGUAUUAGGCAUAGGAGCUGGUGAAGGUGCAACUUUUCCAUGUAUUCAAUCCUUAAUCACAAAAUGGUUUCCACCUGAAGAACGAAGUAGAGCUAUUUCAAUAAUAUUUGUUUCUAAUUUUAUUGGUAUGGCAGUCGCUAUGCCAAUUUCAAAUAUAUUGGGUUCUAGUCAGCUUGGCUGGGAAAGUAUUUUUUGGGUAUUUGCAAUUGUUGGAUUUAUUUGGUCCGUUAUUUGGCAUUUUUAUGGAAAAAGUGCUCCUAGAGAUUAUCCAGGAAUUAGCAAAGAAGAAUUAGAUUGGAUUUUGGAAAGCAAGUCAAGUUCUUAUUCUCAUGAUAAUUUUGGACACUAUCAAUCAGGAUCCAGGGAAUAUAUUACGAUUACUGAAGAUGAUCAUGGUAUUCAAAACGAAAACGAUACGUUAUUACCAAAGAAUCAAAUAUCAUCAAGGUCGCAUUAUAUAGAUAAAAUUCCUUGGAAAUUGAUAUUUUCUCGUCGUGAAGUGUGGGCAAUUUUACUUGGUCAAUUUUUUAAUUCUUGGGGUUAUUAUAUUCUGCUUAAUUGGCUGCCAAUAUUUUAUUAUGAAUAUUUUCGUGUAGACAUUAAUUUAAUUGGAUAUUACACUGCUUUACCUUAUUUUUUGUACAUCAUAAUGGGAUUUACAGUCGGUUAUAUCUGCGAUUAUGCGAUUCAUCAAUUGAAAUUUCGUGUUUUAACUGUACGAAGGUCUGUUAAUAUAAUUGGAACCUUUGGAAUAUCAACAUCUCUUUUACUC